AAACCGUAGAUGCUGACCGAAGACAAUUCCCUCUCCCUCUACUUUCUCUCCUCUGACUUUCUUCUUCCCUUUCCCUUCACUUGCGAGAAGAGGAAACGCCAAUUCCUUCCUCUACAAGAUUUCUCUCUUUAUCUGCAACUUUGAUUUUCCGAGAUUACUCAGAUUUUCUGAGCUUCUUCUCUGCUGAGACUACUGGUCGUUCAUCGUGCUGUUUCCAUGGCUGGCCGUUACGAUAAAAACCCUUUCGACGAAGAUGAAGUCAAUCCCUUCGCUGAUCCAGCAGUUAGGGGAAAGGCAUCAGGGCAGCCAAACUAUGGCGGAGGUGCAUUUUACACAACGAACUCUGCCACAAACUCAAAGCUUUCACCUCUUCCUCCUGAACCUGCUGGUUUCAACUAUGGCCAUGAUGCAACCAUUGAUAUACCUAUUGACACAUCUUCAGGGGGACGGAAUUUUAAGGAUUUGCAAAGGAAAGAGAAGGAACUCCAAGCUAAGGAGGCUGAAUUGAGAAGGCGGGAGCAGGAAGUAAAACGGAAAGAAGAUGCUGCUGCACGAGCUGGAAUUGUUCUUGAAGAGAAGAACUGGCCUCCUUUUUUGCCAAUUAUCCAUCAUGAUAUUGCGAAUGAAAUACCAAUUCAUCUACAAAAAUUGCAGUAUACUGCAUUCUCAACAUUCUUAGGAUUGGUUCUGUGCCUUACUUGGAACGUUAUUGCUGUCACUACGGCAUGGAUUCAGGGAGAAGGGGUAAAGAUUUGGUUCCUAGCCCUUAUCUAUUUCAUAGCAGGGGUUCCAGGAGCCUAUGUGUUGUGGUAUCGGCCUCUUUAUCGUGCUUUUAGGAAAGACAGUGCCAUGAACUUUGGAUGGUUUUUCAUGUUUUAUAUGGUCCACAUUGGCUUCUGCAUAGUAGCUGCGGUUGCUCCUCCUAUAUUUUUCAAAGGAAAAUCUUUCACAGGCAUUCUGUCUGCAAUAGACGUUGUGGGCAACAAAGCCUUGGCUGGGAUCUUCUACUUCAUCGGAUUUGGACUAUUCUGUCUUGAAGUAUUAGUCAGCAUCUGGGUUCUUCAGCAAGUUUACAUGUAUUUCCGAGGCAGUGGUAAAGCUGGUCAGAUAAAGCGAGAGGCUGCAAGAGGAGCUAUGAGGGCAGCAAUAUGAUACCAGCCGUGGCAAAAAGCAAGAUAUAUGGACUCUAGAUUGUAUGUGCCAUUAGCACAGAAAUUGAGGAUAGAGAUAGAAUGGCUUGAGUUUGCUUGUAGUUGGUUACACCUUUUUUAUAGCUUCGUUUGAGGGCUACCUUUUUUGUUCAUAUGGUUUAUUGUUGUUGCUUGGAGGAUUAUGAUGAUGAACAUGAUACAACCAUUUCUGUAUAUGAAAUAUGAAUUGAUCCCAUGUGGUUUUAUUUCA